AUAGAGACAACUUCAUCAGAGGCAACUAGAAAUGCUUGAAAUGCGAUUUGUAACGACGUUCGGCUGUUGGCUGAUGCGCCCUGAGGGACCUGACAUCGGAGUCUGCUGUACAGGGACACAAGCUCGGAUGAAACCACAUGCCCUAGUUAAGCACUGGCUAUGGAACAACAUCGUUAGCCAAGUGACCUCGCUCCACCAUCUUUUUCCGACUUUGCCACGGUUACACUCACAAAGGCAGAAUAGCUCAUCAGCAAACUUCCAAACUAAUAAUUUUCGUUCAACUUGGCCUGAACAGGGAAUGAUUAAUGAGUAAUGAUUGGGAUCUGU